CUUCAAACGUACGAAAUUUGCGGGAAAACUUCAUUCAUACUUGCGAUUUUCAGUGCUCUAGGCUGCUGGUUCGUAUCAGAUUUCGUCGCAUUGUUUAAUUAUUAUAGGGUUUUGAGUUACGGCGAUAAGACAACCAACGGACUGUGCAAAGUGUGAAAAUGGUGUUUAAAUCGAACAAGAUGUACGUCUUCAAGCGAGACGGUCGCAAGGAGGAGGUACAUCUGGACAAAAUCACUUCCCGUAUCCAGAAGCUCUGCUACGGCUUAAAUAUGGACUUUGUCGAUCCGGUUGCCAUUACCCUGAAAGUCAUCAACGGACUGUACUCCGGCGUAACGACGCAAGAGUUGGACAACCUGGCCGCCGAAACGGCUGCCACGCUAACCACGGAACACGCCGAUUACGCUAUCCUGGCUGCUCGACUGGCCGUGUCAAAUUUGCACAAGGAAACGAAGAAGCAUUUUUCCGAUGUAAUGCACGACCUGUACACGAUGGAGAAUGAACAUCUCGGAAUAAAAAUGCCCAUGAUUUCGGACUUCCACUACAAGGUGAUCAUGGAUAACGCCGACCGGUUGAAUUCGGCCAUCAUCUACGAUCGUGAUUUCGGCUACAAUUACUUCGGUUUCAAAACGCUCGAACGGUCGUAUCUGCUUAAAAUCAAGGGCAAGAUUGCCGAACGACCCCAGCACAUGUUGAUGCGGGUGUCGAUUGGAAUUCACGGCGAAAACAUCGACGCCGCCAUCGAAACGUACAAUCUGCUGUCGGAGCGAUAUUUCACUCACGCAUCGCCUACUCUGUUUGCGGCAGCCACUCGCCGGCCCCAGCUGUCUUCCUGUUUCCUGCUGACGAUGAGCGAGGACAGUAUCGAAGGGAUCUACGAAACGUUGAAGCAAUGUGCACUGAUAUCGAAAUCGGCCGGAGGAAUUGGUUUGAAUGUACACUGUAUCCGGGCGAAGGGAACCUACAUCGCUGGAACGAAUGGCAUUUCCAACGGGUUGAUUCCGAUGCUGAGAGUUUACAACAACACUGCUAAGUAUGUGGAUCAGGGUGGAAAUAAGAGACCGGGAGCGUUUGCCAUCUACUUGGAACCGUGGCACGGCGAUGUGUUUGAGUUCUUGGAUUUAAAGAAAAACACGGGAGCGGAAGAUGUUCGGGCUAGAGAUAUGUUCUAUGCGCUGUGGAUACCGGAUUUGUUCAUGCAACGGGUGGAGGCUAAUGAGGACUGGAGCUUGAUGUGUCCGCACGAUUGUCCGGGGUUGUCGGAAACAUGGGGCGAAGAGUUCGAGAAACUUUACACCGGUUAUGAGAAGCAGGGUCGCUUUAUCCGUAAGGUCAAAGCUCAGGACCUAUGGUUUGCCAUCAUUGAAUCGCAGGUGGAAACUGGAGUGCCUUACAUGCUCUAUAAGGAUGCUUGUAACCGAAAGAGCAAUCAGCAGAACGUUGGAACCAUCAAGUGUUCCAAUUUGUGCACGGAAAUUGUGGAGUACUCUUCCAAGGACGAGAUUGCCGUGUGCAACCUAGCUUCCAUCGCCCUGAAUAUGUUCGUGAAACCGGACAAAACGUAUGAUUUCCAGAAACUGAAAGCCGUGGCCAAGACUGUCACCAAAAAUCUCAACAAAAUAAUCGACAUCAACUUCUACCCGGUUCCGGAAGCUCAGCGUUCGAACAUGCGCCAUCGCCCCAUCGGAAUAGGCGUCCAGGGACUGGCCGAUGCGUUCAUUCUAAUGCGAUACCCUUACGACAGCGAGGAAGCACAGAAGCUGAACCAGCAAAUUUUCGAAACCAUCUACUACGGUGCACUGGAAGCCAGCUGUGAGCUGGCGGAAACGGAAGGCACCUACGAAACGUACGACGGAUGUCCAGUUAGCAAAGGUAUUCUCCAAUACGACAUGUGGAACAAAGAACCGACCGAUUUGUGGGAUUGGGCGGUACUGAAGGAAAAAAUUGCCAAACAUGGAAUUCGAAACUCGUUGCUGCUGGCACCGAUGCCAACGGCUUCGACUGCGCAGAUCCUCGGUAAUAACGAAUCGUUCGAACCGUACACCUCCAACAUCUACAACCGUCGCGUGCUGUCAGGGGAAUUUCAGGUUGUCAACCAUCACCUGCUGAAGGAUCUCACCGAACUUGAUCUCUGGGAUGACGAAAUGAAAAACAAAAUCAUCGGCAGCAACGGGUCGAUCCAAGGCUUCGAAGAAAUCCCAAAAGAAAUCCGUGAUCUGUACAAAACCGUUUGGGAAAUUUCCGUUAAAACCAGCAUCAAGAUGGCCGCUGAUCGGGGUGCCUUCAUCGAUCAAUCACAAUCAUUCAACAUUCACGUCGCCGAACCGAACUAUGGCAAACUGACCUCGAUUCACUUCUACGGCUGGAAGAUGGGUCUGAAGACGGGAAUGUACUAUCUGCGUACGAAACCGGCAGCCAGUGCGAUUCAGUUUACCGUUGAUAAGAGUAAACUGGCCGCCGACUCGAAUCGGUUGAACAGUAGCGUCGGAGGGGCUAGCACGUCGUCUGCGGUGAAGAUGAACGGUACCAGUAGCACACCAAGGAAGAUGGCUAAUGGGGAUGUUUCGGCGUCCGGUGCCGAUAUGCCGCAGAUGGAUGGUUCGUUUGCUGAACGUAACCGGCGCAUGGCUGAGAUGGUGUGUUCGCUGGAGAAUAAAGAAGACUGCAUGAUGUGUGGGUCAUAAGUCUUACGCCUAAGUUGGGCAUGGUUCCUGGUUUAUUUUGUAGAUUUGUUUUGAAUCCAGAGUUUUACAUAUACUUAGUUUUUAGAAUUUAUUUGCUACAUCUUUGUGUUACGUAUUAGGUUAAGGUCAUUUUAUACAGAAACAAUUCAUCAUUUA